AUGAAAAAGCCGGACGGUACACUAGGCCACACGGUAUAUCAAAAGCCAACACACACGAAUAGGUACCUAAACGCAAAUUCACACCACCACCCAAAACAAAUUCAUGCGGUGGCAAAAACACUCAUUACACGUUCCAGGAGGCUGGCAGACAACGAUCAAAGACAACAAGAGUUGAACACCAUCGAAACAACUCUACAAAUGAAUAACUACUCAGAAAGAAGAACAACAGAUAAAAUAAGCAGAAUUCUUCGCCGACACAACAUAUCAACUUCAUUCGUACCAGAACGGACAAUAAGGUCCAUGCUUCGUAAUCCCAAGGAUCAGAUACCACUGGAGUCACAAGGAGUGUGCCAUGACUGUGGCAGGACUUACAUCGGGCAGACCAACAGAAGAAUCAACAUACGCAAAGAUGAACACAAACUAGCAGUGGAGGGAAAAGUCACCACGUCUUCUCUCUUCCAAUACGUACUGCAGACAGGACAUAACAUCAAUUUCGAUAACACAGCAAUACUAGCAAGCAACGAAAACUUUUACUCGCGAACAAUCAGAGAGGCUAUCGAAAUUGAAAAGCGACCUAAUAAUAUAAAAAAGAGGGAUGAUGCGCAAAGAUUACCAUCAACAUAG